AGAAAAAGAAAGCCUCCUUCAGGGUACGGUCACAAUAUCUUUAGUCUUGUAUUACCACCGCACUACACAGCAUAGCUCCUUCUCUGACACUAUUCGUUAGUUUUCAAAAUAUUUGACAAAAAUGGUGAUGGAAAUGUGAGUAUACAAGAGUUCACUCAAGUCCUAGAGCAUCUCGGCGUCACUUCCAGCCAAACAGAAGCGAAAGCGAUCAUCAAGCGAGUUGGUCGACAAAACUCAACUAGCAUGAAUUUCGAGGAGUUCGUUGAUGCCAUUGAAGCCACCACUACAAGUGCUCAUGACCAUUCUGGCAUUGAAGAUGAGGAGCAGCUGCGAGACUGCUUUCGAGCGUUCGACAAAAACGGAGAUGGUCGUAUUAGUUUCGACGAGUUGGCUAUGGCCAUGAAGGAGCUCGGAGAGGACAUGACCCGCGAAGAACUCGAAGAAAUGAUGCGAGAUGGUGAUGCUGAUAAAGACGGCAUGAUUGAUUUUGAAGAGUUCAAGCGGCUCAUGCCCACGGCAUAGUCAAAAAGAAAAAUGAACAAAUUGCUUGUUUGACUCAGCCCAUGCCAAGGCACCUCCAUAGACAUUUAUUCACUAUCCGCCGAUAAUACCAAUUGAGCGUCAAGGGUCCAAGCUGCAAAGGCGUUCCUGUAAAAUAUUUAAUAGUCAUUUUUAUAGCCUGCAAGUCUUGUUCGUGGGUAUCGUAACCUCGGACGGCUUUGCUAGACCAUCCUUCUGACCAAAUGAGUACAUUAUAAAUAAAAGAAGAAAAAAUACCUUACAAGAAGCAUCGACUUUGGAUUAAUAAUUUUGC